GAGUGCAUGGCCUCGUCGUUGAUUCCGUUCUACUAUCCAAGAUAAUAAAUCAUAUUGCUGCAGUUUUACAUAAUAUGUUCUAAAACUGCCAAUAUAGUUCGUAAUGGUGUUCUCUAAAAGGAGAUGGAUUUGUUGAAAACGAAAAUGUGUGCACGUGGGAGGAAUAUGAGUUCCUAGACUUGUCAGAUGUAAAGGAAGCAGAAUUGAGCAGUUUGCAGUGUGCACUGUUCAAGAAAACUACAAUCACCACAUCCACCGCACCCAACGGUUGGACUGAGAGUGCUACAGAGGUGUCAUCCUGUUCAUCAAGCACGGCAGGCGCCGGGACCGUGUCGAGCAGCCUGGACAGCCUGUCGGGCGGCGAGUGCGAGAUGGCGCCCCACUCGCCGCAGAGGGGCGCGGCCGGGCCACCUCACGCGCCGCCGCCCUACGCCCAGCCGCCCGCCUACCCGCCGCCCCCGCAUCAUCAGUGGCCCGUGGCGCCGCCUAACGUCUACGUCAGCCAGGUCACCGCCAACGUCAACGUGCACGGGUACAUGGGGCAGUACUACCAGCCGCCCCAGCCCCAGUACGUGCCCCCUCAGGCGCAAAUAGAUAGACCACCGCGAAACCACAGACGCGAUAGGCGAAACAAACGCGCCCCCUCUCCCCCUCAACCUCCGCCAUAUUAUGUCCCGUACCCGCAAUAUUACCCGGCGGCGCAAGCGCAAGGCGCUCCACUAUACCAUCUUCCAAUGUACCAACCCCUCGUCUACGGUCCCUACGCUUACCCCCCAUAUUACCCUGAAUAUCCUAUGCCAGUCGAGGGUGAGGGCGUAGAAAAAGUCCCCGAUGAAUACUCACAAGAGGUUAUGAUGGAACAGGAGGCAGUCGAAGCCUACUAUGCUGGAGCACAUUAUGCGGGACCAUCUUACGGCCCACCGGUAGAAAGUAGCGUUGAAUAUAUGCCACCUAUGUUCAUCCCACCUCCACACCCUCAGGCGCCGAUGCCUAUACCACAGCAGGCCUCUCAUCACACAACUCCACAUCAGUUUAAUGUCCACGCCAAAAACUUCGUUCAGGGUCAAAAUAAUAAAAAUUUCCCGAAUGAUAAGGGUCCCGAACAAAAGUUACCAGUGGCGUCUACUGCGGCGUCGUCGACGUCGGGUAGUGUUGAAGCUCUCCCGAUGAAAGAUCUUAAAAUUACAAAGGGGCCUGGAAGUCCUAAACAGGAACGACUCAAUGAUUCCACUGUGAAACCACUCAAUAUUACAGUUGACAAAGUCUCUCCAACACUUAAAGCCGACCCGUCCAAACCUACAUGGGUGGAAAAUAAAGUUCAAGACGCAGGCCAAGCUCCAAAAAGCUACCCAUCACCCCCAGUUGCGAGCAUUCAAAAUGCAGGGGCUAAAGUUGUCCCAGUAGUAAACAAGACCCCUAAAGGUCCCGCGGCCCCAUUCACUGGAAAACAGAUGCCUAAACCGCCUCUUCCAACCGGAGUUCCCGUACAAUUAUCGGCCUCAGCGCCCAAACCGCCUUUCGGGAACCGACAGAAAAGAGACGGGCCGGCUAACCGUUCACCAUCUUUCGAAAACACUGAGGAGAAACCAGUGAACGUAGAACACGUGAAACGGGAACCACCUCUACCACCCAGCAAAGCUCCAAUGCCGAUUUCGAUAACACUGCAUGCGCAAGGGCCCCCACUGAUUGUGACUAACAAGUCUCCCUUCUCUCACUCUCGGAAGGCAGCUCCAGUUCCAGAACCUCCUCCAGUCCCGCAACCUCCACCGCCGGCUCCGACAGCGUCGGAUUUCCCUCCACCGCCCACUCCUCGAAAUCGAGUUGAACCCGCCCCACCCCCAGUUGUUCAACAACCGCAGCCUGCUCCAGGCAAAUCCUGGGCGAGUCUCUUCUCCAACAAACUCUCCGGUAUAACUAUGUCUCCGGCUGCUGUUGUCCUAGAAGAACCUUUGAGCCCGACGACUGUGGCGCCUCCGGUAGCUAAUAUUCAAAAACCAGUUGCCAAAGUGCCACCGUUUGAUGCGUCCUUACAAACUUUUGGAGUAGAGAAGCCACGACUGCCGGUGACGCCUUCUCAACCAUCAAUAUCUUAUUCUGAAAAAACUUCAGUUAACACUAUAAGCAGUUCUAUUUCGCCGCCUACAACUGCUAAACCGGUGACUACAUCUGAAGUCAGGGAAGUUCCAAUUCAAAAAGAAGCCACUCCUGCACUGCCAGUUGCGCCAUCGCCCUUUAGCGACGACCCUAAUUCGUACAGGAUGGGAGAGUUUCUGUCAAAAUACCAGUUGGACAACCGGCCGGUAUCCUUACUACCGCGUGGCCUCACGAACCGCUCAAACUACUGUUACGUCAACGCGAUUCUUCAGGCACUAAUAGCUUGUCCUCCUUUCUACAACAUGCUUAAGGCUCUGCCGUAUCAGACGCGACGUGGGAAGUCUAGCACGCCUGUUAUUGAUUCUAUGGUGGAACUAUGCUACGAGUUCAGUCCAUUAGCCGGGCCCAAUCGCCGCACGCGCGGCGACUCAAGCAAUAACACUGUAUCGGUUCCCGCCGGACCACCGUUAGACGGCUCUGCUGGUCUCAGAGUGCUGAGAGCUUUGAGACCUUUCCCUGGCUCUCAGGAAGGAAGACAGGAAGAUGCCGAAGAGUUUUUAGGGUGCCUUUUGAACUCUCUCAACGAUGAGAUGCUUGAGUUAAUAAAGCUGGUGGAGCCAGAUGAGCCAAAGGAAAUCAAACCUAAUGGUGUUGUCACUGAAGAACAACCUCCAGAAGAAGAUGAUGAUGACGACGAAUGGAAGGUGAUGGGCCCUCGCAACCGUGGCGCCGUAGAGCGUCGUUGGUCCGCUCGUCGGACUCCGUUAGCGGACAUCUUCCGUGGAAGAACGCGAUUGCGUCUCCAUCGAGCCCCACAUCACGACGUCACCGAUGCUGUGCAGCCUUUCUUCACUCUACAGUUGGAUAUUGAGCGUUCGAGUACAGUGAAGGAUGCGUUAGAACUCCUAGCAGGCAAAGACACGCUGGAAGGUGUUUCUGAUGCUUGGCAACAACUGUCCCUUGAACAACUGCCAGUGGUUCUCCUUCUGCAUCUUAAGUGCUUCCAACUCGAUGCUGAAGGCCACACAGCUAAGAUAGUGAAGAAUAUCGACUUUCCUAUAGACUUAAAGAUUGAUCCUAAGAUAAUGUCGUGCAAGCACACGACUAAGCAACGCCUGUACAAAUUGUUUGCUGUGGUAUACCACGAAGGCGUCGAAGCAGUGAAGGGGCAUUACCUGACUGAUACCUACCAUGGACAGGCCGGGUGGAUAAGAUACGACGACUCGACUGUAACUCAAGUGACAGAUGCCCAAGUCUUAAAGCCAAAAGCGCCGAGAAUGCCUUAUUUGUUGAUGUAUCGAAGGCAUGAUACUUUGCCAGCUCAUCGGCCGCCGGGCAAACCUGAAUAAGGACCUUAGCCCAAAUUUGGCUUUAAAUCAAUAUUCGGCCAAUGGUUUGGGUCCAAUUUUGACCGGUUUCGGUAAAAAUUGGACCAAUUGUAGGCUGGUCGUUGGGACCUUUGAACUAAAAAUGUUAAGUGUUAAAGUGAUGGUGUAGUUAAGUGCUAAUGUUAAUUUUUUACAGAUGCAGUUACAAACUUUGUGUGCCUACCGGUUACAGCACAACGAAUUCUGUUUUGGGUUUCAAAGAUGCGUUUUUUUUCUAACCGCGCUAAUUCUAAAAUUAACUUUUUAUAUCUUGUAUAUAAGAAAUUGUAAAUAUUCGGCGAAUUUUGUUGUUUUAGUUUCUAAAUUCUAUAUAUUGGACUGUUGUAAAUACUCUCGUGUACAGGUUUUACUAAUAAGGCAUGAACUUAUGUAAAAAAAUAAUAAAAAAAAAAUGUUUUAAAAAUAGUUCUAUAGAGAAUUUCUAAAAAGGUUGACCGGCUUGAAUGUGUUACGUGAGGGUAAUGGAUUUUCUAUAUUAUUUUUGUAUCUUAGAGACUAAUCAAAUUCAUACCCUACUCUCGUAUAAUUGAUACAAAUGUAUUGACGUGAGCCAGUGAAAUU